AUGUCUUUACUUUCUUUAAAAAAUGUGUUCGUAUUAUCAUUAUUAUUAACACUUAUACUUUUAGAUACACUAUCAUCUAAACUCACAUGUUCAGUUAAUGCUCAUCAACUUGAAAGUAAUCCACAAAAACGGAAUCUAAAUUUAAAUGUUAACACUAAUGCUAUUAGAUAUACUUACAAUAAUAAGAGAAAUUUUAUUCCGAAAGGUGUUAAACUAAAUGAUGAGAAAAGACAAUCUCCAGUUUCCGUAUCUGCUCAUAGUGAUGCCGCAUUGAAUUCUCAAAAUAUACUAUCACGUCAAUCGAAUCCUCAGGUGCCUUCAUAUGCUGAAGUUGAUGCGGUUUCUAAUGUUGAUAUUGGUUAA